CCUUAAAGUGUACAAAAGUUUGGAGGCCUAUAACCAGAUGGUGUGUGGAUGGGUGAGGGAGAUUCAAUACCAAGUCAUCGACGACAGAUGUGUUGCGAAGGCCAAAGUUCUCCAUUCUCAAUCAAUCCGAGAAACACCCUUGGAACCCUGGAUAAUCGCUGAGAAGUCUGGUCGGAUACUUGGAGCCCACUGCACGUGUAUGGCUGGCCUCGGAGAGACGUGCACACAUGUUGCUGCAUUAUUGUUUCUCAUAGAAGAAACAGUGAAGUUGAGGGACUCAAAGACAGUGACGCAAGAGAAGGCGUAUUGGCUGUUACCUACUGCACUGUCUAAGGUGGAAUACAGGGAAUGCCGGAAGAUUGACUUCACUGUAACCAAGAGGUCUCAAGUAAAAGAGCUGGCAGGAUGAAAUGUGCUGCUCUUGGACAGCCACUUGAGGACCCAAGUGAUACUUCCACUUCUUCUACUGUUACAGUUGGGAAACCGCAACAGCCAACCAGUGAUGAACUGUCAUCAUUAUUCAGUGCUCUUAGCGCGACUGGAUCAAAGUCUGCUAUUUUGUCCCUGAUUGAGCCUUACUCUGACAGUUUUUUCCCAAAAUCAAUUGGAGAAAAUUUACCUCUUGUGUUGACGGAAUUGCGAAAAGACGAAGCAGUUCACAUGGACUAUAGUGAGCUAUUGUCCACAUGCAAAGAUGUUGAAAUUUCUGUUUCAGAGGAGCAAGCAAAGGCAGUUGAGGCCGCUACAAGGGAUCAAGCUUCCUCUAAACUGUGGUUUAGAUUUCGCGCUGGUCGAAUCACAGCAUCUAAAAUGAAAACUGCAUGUUGCACUGAUCCAAAACAGCCAGCUCAGAGCUUAAUCAAAAGUGUAUGCUAUCCUGAGUCAUACAGAUUCACAUCAAAAGCCACUACCUGGGGAUGUAAUCAUGAGAAAUUUGCACGUGAUAUGUUUAUAGAUGUACAUAAGGAAUCUCAUGAAAAUGUUAAAGUACACGACACAGGUUUUUUCAUAAAUCCAAGUGUGCCAUUCUUGGGUGCUUCUCCCGAUGGCCUUGUUUCUUGUGAUUGUUGUGGUGUCAGUGUAAUUGAAGUGAAAUGUCCAUUCUGUGUGAAAAGUGACAUGUUGGACAGUGUAUCCUAUUUGGAGAAGGACAGUGAAGGGAAACUGACACUUAACCGAAACCACCAGUAUUUCUACCAGGUGCAAACUCAACUUGGGGUGUGCAAACUGGAAUCUGCCUAUUUAGUUGUUUGGACAGAAAAGGAUUUGCAUGUUGAGUGCAUUUUAUUUGAUGAAGAGUUUUGGGACACGAUAUGCCAGAAAAGCAAGAAUAUUUUUGACACAGCCAUUAUGCCAGAGUUAGUUGGCAAGUUUUACACAAGGCUUUCAUCUACCAUGGCCAAUGUGUCCUCGCAACCUGGAGUAUCUACCUCGGCUGAAUCACAUGGCUCUGAUUGUGCUGCAAGUGCCAGUGGCCAAGAAGAAACCUGGUGUUUCUGUGGCCAGGUUGAGUUUGGAAAGAUGAUUUUGUGUGACAAUGCAAAAUGUCAUAUUAAGUGGUUUCACUACUCGUGCAUUAAUGUCAAGGUUGCACCAAAGGGAAAAUGGUAUUGCCCAAAGUGCCAAAAGCUACCUAAGUUUGAGCCAAAAAAGGGAAAGAAACCUUUGAAGUAAAAAAACAAAACUGUAUUUUUUAGUGGACUGUUGUGAAGUUACGCACUUCAGGCACUUUGUUUUAAUGUUGGUUAAAACAAUAUUUAAUUUAUUUAGAAACGUGUACCUUUUUUGAAACUGUUCUUUAAAUAUUUUUAGCAUUUGAUUUCAAGUUGGUGAGAUUUUGCAA